AUGGCUUUCGCGAUCGCAAAUGCAAAGAGGCCUAGGUUAGGGGAAGGGCUAUCGAAGCUUCGCUUUUGCGAAGCCUUUUUCGCUUUUGCAAGAGUUUGCUUUUGUGAGGAUUUGAGCCGAGAGGGGAUGAAUUUUAAAGGAAAGGCAUUUCUAGACUACUCAUUGAGAGCUUUGAGGUUAUUGACUAGUAAGUGUCUUGACUUGAACUUCGUCACUACUCCAUCGAGAUCCAGAUACCUCAGAGUGAGUUGGGUGUUAGGUAACUGUGUGAAAUUUGCUGCAGAGACUUUAAGUAUUAAAGAAGAUGCAGCGUUUUGCUUAUGUUGUUACUUGUUUAAAAAUGAGAUUGGAGGAUAUGGGAAAAAAGUAAGUGACUCUUUUACAAAAGAUGAUUUUAGGACUUGGAAUAAAGAUAUAGAAAGGCUUAACGCACAUGUGAGUGAAGUGAAUAGUGUUCAUAAUCGAUGUUUCAAGAUGAUGCUAGAUUUAUCGAAUCAAGCGCAAUCUAUUUUAACAUCUUUUGAUAAGCAAUCCGAGAAAACUAAAAGUGAGUAUCGGGUCCGCUUGAAUGCCUCAAUUGACGUUGCAAGGUAUCUUUUGAAAGAAGGAAUGCCUUUUCGGGGUCACGAUGAGCGCGAAACAUCUACAAGAAGAGGCAACUUCUUAGAUCUCUUAAAGUGGUAUGCGGAUAAGAAGGAUGAUGUAAAGAAAGUUGUAUUAGAAAAUGCUCCAAAAAAUGACAUUAUGAUUUGUCCAAGCAUACAAAAAGACAAUGUGAGUUCUUGUGCAAAAGAAACAUUGAAAGCCAUUGUGGAAGACUUGAACGGGGAUUACUUUGGGAUAUUGGUUGAUGAGUCUAAGGAUCUGACUCUUGUAGCUAUUGCAAAAAUACAUUAUGAGGCCGAACAAUUUUUUUAUAUUCUUGCAAAAGUUUUAAACAUUGUUGGGGGUUCUUUUAAGCGUAGGGAGAUGCUUCGAGAUGAUCAAGCAGAAAAAUUAGAGGAACUACUAGUGCUUGGUGAGGUUCAUACGGGAAGCGGUUUAAAUCAAGAACUUGGACUUCAAAGGGCAGGUGAUACUCGACGGGGUUCUUAUUUUAAGACAGUACGUAAUUUUAUUAGUUUAUUCUCAUCAAUUGUUCAUGUUCUUGGAGUUCUUGCAAUUGAGGGUUCAAAUUAUCAUGAGAGAUCAAUAGCAAAAAGUCUAGUGGAUGACAUAAGAUCUUAUGACUUUGUGUAUAUGUUACUUUUGAUGUUGAAAGUAUUGGCACUUACAUAUGAUUUAAAUAUGGCUUUGCAAAAAAAAUAUCAAGAUAUUGUAAGUGCAAUGAAGCUUGUUGGUUUCGCAAAGAGACAAUUGCAAGAUAUGAGAGAUUCUAGAUGGAAUUCUUUGUUAGAAGACGUCUCUUUAUUUUGUGUUAAGCAUGGUAUCGUGAUCCCCGAAAUGGAUAUGAAUUAUGCUCCUAGAAAGUCAAAGCGUAAGAAAUCAAGUGUUACAUAUUCUUAUCAUUUGCGUGUAGAGGUUUUCUAUGCUAUUAUUGAUUUGCAACUUUCGGUGCUUAACAGUCGUUUCAAUGAAGUGAAUUCUGAUCUACUUCUUCGUAUGGCUAGUUUGAGUCCACAUAAUUCUUUUGCAAAUUAUGAUAAGGACAAGAUUAUGAAACUUGCUACACACUAUCCGGAUGAGUUUACUGAUUCUAUGCUUGAGGAUCUUGGUUUUAAGCUUGACAUCUAUAUUGACUAUGUGCGAGAGUCGGUUAUGUUUGAGUUGCCUGUCGCUACUGCAACGGUAGAAAGAGCUUUUUCUUCGAUGAAGUACGUUAAAAAUGACUUGCGAAGCAGAAUUGGUGAUGAAUUUUUUAAUGAUUGUUUAGUUUGUUAUAUAGAGGAUGAAGUAUUUGAAAGUUUAUCUAAUGAUGCGAUCAUUGAUCGUUUUCAAAACAUGACUAGUCGUCGAGUACAAUUGUAA